AUGCACCUCACAGUCCGCUUCGUCUCCAAGUACUUCGCCCCCCUCGGCGAAUACGAGCGCAGCGCCCACAUUCCCGUCAAUAUCCUCGACCCCGCCACCGGCCGCUUCACCAAGUUCGAGACCAACGCCAAGAAGCGCGGAAAGGACUACCCCUACGGAAACCUGGCCCAGGAGAAGGCGCCCACUUACUCCCACCUGACCGAGAACCCCUUCCCCAAGACCAUGCGUCAGCAGGGCAUCAAUCGCCAGUCCCGCGAGACCACCCCCACAAAGAACAGCCGGCCUGGUACACCCACCAGCCGCCCCAGCAGCUCCGGCAGCCGCCCCGCUCCUGCUCCUACCAGCGGCCGUCCCGCUCCUUCUACUACCUCCAGCCGUCCCGGCACCACCAGCUCGCGUCCUAGUUCCUCCAGCGGGCUUCGCCGCUAA